AUGUCCGGUCCGGUGACUCCGCUCGCGCCCACCUCUGCGCGCACAUCUCUACCUCCUACGGGCUCUGCGACACCCGCCUUACCACCCCAACCCCCGGCAUCUGCUCUCCCUCCUCCAGCUACCUUCGAUAUCCUUCCUGACCUCCAUAAGCUGCUCACUCGGCUUAUGAACACCGCUGCGCAACCGCCAGCUCCAACACCUACCCCGAGCCAGCCCGCCGAUGAAGAUGGUCCUCUCGACCCAAAGAACCUCACCAACGAAGCCCAGAAGUUGAGGAGCAAGAUAUAUAGAGCACAACGUGCCGUCAUGGCCCUGCCUGAUAUCGAUCGCACCACUGAGGAUCAGGAGGAAGAGAUCCAAGACCUCGAGGAGCGCAUUGCCCGCCUAAAGACCGUUCUGCAGGGCCUAGGGCAACCUAAUGGCAAAGCAGAGGACGGCGACACGAGUAUGACGGGUUGA